UGACGAGCCGAACACGCGGUUGAAAUUAUAGUAAAAGAAGAAGGCUGCCAUAUUGCAGUGAUACAGCGACUUUACCUGACUGAAUCUGAUUCUUGAACGUUGUUACUUUUCUGUAGUAAAGAUGAUUUCAGCUCAGGCAUUUGGAGAUGAUGGGAAGAUGAAAGAAUAUCAUUAUACAGGUCCAGUAGAGCACCGAUUCUCACCAUACGCGUUCAAUGGAGGCACUGUACUAGCUGUGGCUGGGGAAGACUUCGCCAUCGUUGCCUCAGACACCAGGUUGAGUGAAGGCUAUUCAAUCCACUGCCGGGACUCGCCAAAAUGCUACAAGCUGACAGACACAACUGUCCUGGGAUGUAGCGGUUUCCAUGGCGACUGCCUGACUCUGACUAAAAUAAUUGAUGCAAGGCUAAAGAUGUACAAGCAUUCGAACAAUAAGACAAUGACCAGCGGAGCCAUCGCAGCCAUGUUGUCUACCAUCCUGUACAGCAGGAGGUUCUUCCCCUACUAUGUCUACAACAUCAUUGGAGGCCUGGAUGAGGAGGGCAAGGGAGCAGUGUACAGCUUUGACCCAGUGGGCUCCUACCAGAGAGACACCUACAAGGCUGGAGGAUCAGCAAGUGCUAUGCUACAGCCACUACUUGACAACCAGGUAGAUGACACACACCUGGCCACUAACCUGUUGUUGCUGUAAUCUCGCUACUUUUUUUGUCAUGAAAUGUACAGUACUCCUGCCAAGGAUGUCUACACCGGAGAUGCCCUUCGAAUCUGCAUCAUCAAUAAGGAGGGCAUUACAGAGCAGACAGUACCCCUGAGGAAGGACUGAGGAGGAAAAAUGUUUCCAUCUGCCUCUGCUUUUUUCUUUGUUCUUUCCAUAUUUGCAUUGAUAGAUUGGCCCUUUUACAUUAGGUUCUUAAAAUGGGAGUGUUGAUCCAGAGGUUUGGUUUUUUUUAUAUCAGUUUCACCAACUGCAUUCAUUUCAGAUGUAUCCACUUCACAUUUGCAUCCUUAUUUCUGUGGAUAAACAAACUGACAGUAGAUCAGCACUCCUGUUCUGGGAAGCACCUUUUUCAGUCACCUUUGCCUAAACUCUCCCUCUGUUUGGAGAUAUGUUUUGGAAGGGCACAAACUCUGUUAUUCUUUUUACAUUCUUAAUAAAUGUAGAAGAACUGAAAAGUCUGCUGCUCUUGGUUAUUGUGCCCUCUAGCCCAGAUAAAACUGUCUGAUGCU